UGAGGAUCCAUCAAACUAAAGAUGAUGCUGAACGACAGGUGGACCAUCAUGAACAACAGCAGCUCCGAGCUCGGCAGCAAGAGGUCCAACAAACACAAGAGAUGCUGUAACUUCCUGUUCUGGUCAGUUGUUACGCUGGUCGUCAUAGCAGCCGUCAUCGCGCUACCGCUCGUCAUCCUUCACCUGAACGGCCAUCCUCUACCUUUCAUCAGGGGGCGAGUCUUGUCCUCGUCCUCACCUGUGAUCUCGACCAAUCCCAGAGAGUCGAGUGCCCUGGUCUCAGUGUCCCGUGUGGCGGACGGUGAACCAAUCAACAUCUUCCUGGACCCGAACUGUCCGGACUAUGGCGAGAACUUUGUGCGUUGGGAGGGUCUACAGACGUCUCUGCUGCGGGCGCUGUCCAAUCACAACGCAGAGAACUGGCAGGAUGCCGGAUUGGUCCAUAAGCUCGGCGAGGAGCUGAAGGCGCUCUCAGGCCACGCCCACAACCUGCGUCUGGAGGCUGACCUGCUAAAGAGGGGCCAAGGAGUCCUGGACCAGAGACUGGACGGACUUCAGAGCGAGCAGAGCCGCAUCAUACAGGUGCUGUCUGACAGUCACUCAAGUGUGCUGAAGCUGGUUGCAGGUUUCAGUGAUUCUCUGCUCAGCCUGCAGAGGGAGACAGAGAGUCUGAAGAGGCUGAGGGGGGGCGCAGCUGUGAGGCCGAGGGACUGUAGUGACAUCAUGGCGUCUGGCGUGGAUCAGGAUGGGGUGUACUCUGUGUUUCCGACUCAUGAGCCUCAGGGCUUCAUGGUUUACUGCGACAUGAGCACGGACGGCGGCGGCUGGACGGUGAUCCAGAGGAGGGAGGACGGCUCUGUGAACUUCUUCAGGGACUGGGCGGCGUACCGGGACGGGUUCGGAAGAACUACUGGCGAGCACUGGCUAGGUCUUCAGAGGAUCUACUCCAUGACCAGAUCUGGAGGUUUUGAGUUGCGGAUCGACCUGGCGGACUUCGAUAACGGCACGGCGUUCGCUCACUAUGGAGAUUUCUCUGUCGGUAGAGACUCAGUGAACCCUGACGAGGACGGGUACCCGCUGACCGUGGACCAGUACUCAGGGACCGCAGGUGACUCCCUCCUGAAGCACUCUGGGAUGCAGUUCACCACGAAGGACCGGGACCAGGACCAGUCAGAGAACAACUGUGCGGCGUACUACCAAGGGGCCUGGUGGUAUCGCAACUGCCACACCUCCAACCUGAACGGGCAGUACCUGAGCGGAGGCCACGCCUCCUACGCUGACGGUGUGGAGUGGUCGAGCUGGACAGGCUGGCAGUACUCGCUGAGGUUCACUGAGAUGAAGAUACGCCCCAAAACCAGACCUGGACCCUCAGCAGCUGGUCCUGGACCUGACCUCUGAUCUCUGACCUCUAGACCUGACCUCUGACCUCUAGACCUGACCCUUGACCUCUAGACUUGACCCCUGACCUCCUGUUCCCUGGCCCUGACCUUUGACCUUUGACUUGUUUGUUUUAUAAACUGUUGUUAUUGUGAAAAAUGAAACCUG